AUGCAAAUGAACCAAGGGAGAGAAGAGGUUUUUAAAAAAAGGCAUUCGGCGAAUUUGAGAACACGGGGAGAAGAACAUAUGCUGUCAGCACAAAUGGCAACGGCGAUUAAUCCCACGUGGGAAAACCGCAAGUUGGAAGAUCCACCCAGACGACAGCCAGACGAGCUCGAGAACGGUCGGGAGUCUCGGGACCUCCGAUCCUUCCCACCAAGAUGUCUUCAAAUCAUCAGCUUUCACACCGACGGCAUGGCUUCAUUUGUAGAUGAUGAUGAAUUAACAGGCGGUGUGUAUACCUCUCUUGCUUCAUCAAUAAUCUCUGCCCUUGGUCCUCUGAAGGUUCUGUUCUUUUUCGCCAAAGGUACACCUUCCCGUUUGUCGUCCUUUCCUUUCAGGAACGAACAUACUCCGAAAGCGAGCGAGUGGUAUUCCUACCCAGUCACGCCCAAUGCAGCAAGAAAGGUUUUCUGGAAGUUCUCUCGGACGGAUCUGUAG